AUGUGGAAGGCCGUGGUUACCGAUUCAGAUGGCCAGGAAAAGAUUGUCGCCGUUAGCCUUUGGCAUUUCUACCUUGAGCCCAAGGUGAUUGACGACUGGAAGGAUAUCGAGUGGCGGCCUACCGCGAAUCAAGAAGGCGCCAAUUUAUUCCUUCGGUCGGCAGUUGCGAUGCGAAAGAAAUAUAUGUCUGGGAAGAUAUUUGGACAUUUGCAAGUUUUGGCCACACUUCCAGAGUAUCGUGGUUAUGGAAUCGGUUCUGCUUUGAUCAAGCAAGGCCUUGAAGAAGCCGCGAAGCAUGGGCUAACAGAUUUUUGGCUGGAAUCAUCGAAUGAUGGCCAUGCGCUCUAUGAGAAAUUUGGAUUCAGGGAUGUCGAGCCAAUUGUGAUUGACUUGGAACAGUAUGGUGGUGAGGGGUUGGCCCCUGUCAGGACUAUGAGAAGAGUUCCCAAUUGA